CGGAGCUACAAUCACUUGCUCUGAAUGCGACAAUAUGAAGUACUGCUCAGUUACCUGUCAACAACGUGACGCCGCGCAUCACAACAUACUCUGCAGCACCUUCCAAAACUUUCAAGAGCGCCCCAGUGCCAAUCACUUCCGCUCAAUCUACUUCCCGGUCGACGAACUCCAUCCACGCUUCAUCUGGCUGCGCAUGGACGGCACGCGCGGCUCUCACUACGUGGAUAAUGCCGACUUAUCACAGUAUGUGUCUGGAAACCCAUACGGUGACAUCUUCACCUCGUCGCAUUACGGCAUUACUCCAGAGCGCGAGUACAAGACCAUGAUUGUGGUUCAGCACGAUCAGAACGUGUUUGGAAACGGUCAACCAGUCAACCCGUGCCUGUUCUAUCUCCUUGGCCCUGAAGCGCAUCGCUGGCGAGGGGCGUAUGUGGGCCAUGGAUACAAGUACACUGCAAUGGCAGACUCAGAUGAUUAUGAUGAUACUGACGCUAAGGAGUCGGAUGAUCCUUUGAUUGCAGUGGAUCUGGAUACGACAAGCUUGAGACCUUUUAUUGCCUAUUUUUUGGAGCUGAUGCGUAGGGAAAGGGUAGCUAGAGCGUUUUGGGCACCUGCUGCCUAGGUGUUCAUGAUGUUGGAGGAAAGGCGGGAUGUGGAGCAUUCACUUGCAGUCAUGCAAAGCUGAAAAUGGAGAGAUCAGUUUACUAGCGGUAGUACUUGAAUUCAAUUUUCAUUCGACAUCUCUUGGGCUUCUCCCGAUUUGGACAUUGCGACUCAGUGCGU